UCUUCCCCGACUCCGUCUCCGUCUCCGUCUCCGUCUCCGAUCCGGCUACCGGAGGGGGGAGGGGGCUCCAGUGGAGAUGCCGAAGGUUCACCCCAACGCCGCGGCGGCGGCGGCGGAGUCGCCCACGGCCGAGGCUUCCUGCGACGGCCGAGCGAGGGCCGCGGAGGCGACGGCGCUGACGGUGUGGCGGAAGUCGCUGCUCUUUAACGGGAACGGGUUCACGGUGUUCGACUCCAAGGGGAACCUGGUAUUCCGAGUCGACAACUACUCCUCGGGGAGCAGCGACGAGAUCGUUCUCAUGGACGCCGCUGGGAAGCCGCUGCUCACCAUCCGGAAAAAGCGGGUGUUCAUGAUGCAGAAGCUGAGUCUAGGAGACCACUGGCUGGUCUAUGAUGGUGAGGAGGCCGUCAAUCCACGGUUUGCAGUCAAGAAGCACAAGGGCCUCCUCCACUCCACCAAGGCGCUGGCACGAGUGACGGCUCCAUGCACCUCCGGCUCCAAGUCGCGCCUCGUAUACGACGUCGAGGGCUCCUACUCGCGGCGAUGCUGUGUGGUCUACGACGACAGGCGAAGGCAGCUGGCGGAGAUCAAGAAGAAGGAGUCUGCCCAAGGCAUCGCCCUCGGCCUUGACGUCUUCCGCCUUAUCGUGGAGCCAGAGCUCGAUGCAGCGUUUGCGAUGGCCAUGGUGAUACUCCUUGAACAGAUGUUUGGAUCCAGACGGUCACUUCUCGGAGAAGCCUGUGUUUUUAUGAGGUUGUGAGAGUGUCUCCAGGGCAUCCAUCCAUCUCAUGGGAAUUUAUUUGUGCUAUAUAUUGGAACAACAAUGUGACAAGAUGACCAAAAACAACGAGAGAAGAAGAAGAAGAAGAUAUAUCUCUUUUUUGUGCUUCCUCAAGAGCUGAUGAUGCAUGGAAGCAUGUUUGAGAUUUUGGUGGGUACACCUCAAAAACAGUUGUAGUUUUCAUUCAAAGCAAACAAAAUUGAAAUAUGAUAUGCUUUGUUA